ACCACGCAUUUGAAUAGUUUUCCACUUUAAGUUCACAAAAUGCGUUCAAGUUUUGGAUUAUCAUUUCUAGUCGGCCUUUUGUUGGUUAUAGGACUGAUUGGAAUUGUCCAUUCUGCUGGCAAAUCGCGGAAUCGAGAGGAUCGCUUCGAUCUGGAGAACGAGAAUUACGAGAGCCAAGAAUCCAACGAGAUUAUUGACUCUUGCGAAAGUUCAGAGAGUUCGGAAAGUUUAAGCUGCAGGAAUAGGCAAAAUAAACCUUAUAAACGAAAAACCUUUCGAUUUGCUCUUUAAAAAUAUUAAUAAAAUAUUUUAAAAUUUAUUACAGAA